UUGUUUCAGGUGUACUGCGAGUGUUUGUCGGAUGCAGCUGUUUUCGUUCAGUCACCCAAUUGUAAUCAACGUCAUGGCUGGCACCCAACUACAGUGUGUAAGAUUCCUCCAAACUGUAACUUGAAAAUAUUCAACAAUGCUGAAUUUGCUGCGCAACUUGCUGAAUCUGUUGAAAAAGGUUAUGAGGCAGUUUUUGCUCUCACUCGACUUUGUACAAUCCGAAUUUCGUUCGUUAAAGGUUGGGGUGCUGAUUAUCGAAGGCAGACAAUUGACGCAACUCCAUGUUGGAUCGAAGCGCACUUAAAUGGUCCUUUGCAGUGGAUUGACCGAGUGUUACGCAGCAUGGGUGCACCAAUGGUGGCGCAUUCUUCUUUCACGUAA